AUGCGCAGCCAGAAAGGGAGAGCUGCCGAGGAAGAGAGAAAAGUGUGUCACUGGGGCACGAGGCUCUCCCAGGGGGUCACGUGGUCCGCGCUCCAGUGCCUCGUGCGGGCUGCGGGGAGGGGGUUGUCGCGCCGAGUGCGCAUGCGCCGUGCUGCAGCAGCCAGCAGUGUCCUGGCAGGCAGGAGGUGUCAGGGCAUUGCAGAACGGGGACGGCGCGCGGUGCGGACGUGUUGUCACUUAGCUCCCGGCUUACAGACAGACAGACAGACAGGGGGCUCUGCACACCCUCCCAUUAGCACACUGCACAGCACUGCAAGGGGCACUGCACCCACUGACCGCCUGAAAAGGAGCAUUUUAUUUAAUAUUUCUCAAUAA